GCGUACGCUCCCACUCGACCCACAUUUCAGCAGCAGGUUGCAUGAGUUCAUUCAUCGAGUGUUCUUUGCGUUUAUCGUUAAUCUGAUACUCAUAAUUCAACAAUAAUGACUUGUGCGGGUAGCUGAGGUUGAAGUUAACAUGGAGAAGUCCAAAGAAAAUUUUCAGGUAGCUUCUGAAAAUCAGGAAAUACGAUGCAGUCUACCGCCCCACAAGACGCCGGAGACAACUCGAAACAAAGAAGCUUCGAAAGAUGUCAAAACUCCACAAAAUACUGGACCAGGUCGUAAAAGAAGGGGACCUAAUUGUUCUGACCCUAUCCCAUGUUUCAAGAAAGAUAACAUAGUUUACAAAAGAGGCGAAUGUGUGUAUGUGGAUACCAACCGCCCAGAACAACCCUUCUCUGUUGGCAUUGUAGAGGACAUAAGAUUGAGCAAACGGUCCACAGUUUUUGUUCAGGUUCGCUGGUAUUAUCGGCAAUGUGAGGUUCCAUACAGUGUGUACCAGCUUUUGGUACAGGACAGGCAUACAGAGAACAAUUCGGGAAAGGAUCUGGUGAUUAAGGACCCUGUGAUUAAGCUGCGAGAGUUGUUCAUAUCGGACAACAGAGAGACCUUCAAGGGUGAGGCCAUCAGAGGGAAGUGCCGAGUUUUACACCACGCAGACAUCUUUGCGGCCAAAGACUUCCACCCUGCACCGGACACCUUCUUCUACGUCCUCGCCUAUAAUCCUGAAAGCAAAAGACUGGCUACAACACAGGGAGAGAUUCGGGUGGGCUCGAGCCACCAGGCUCGGCUCCCCGAAUGCCACCCAGAUGUGAGUCCAGAGGACAUGCCAGAGCGGUGCUCAGACAGAGAGGAGUUGACCUGGGUCGCAGGAGCCAUUGCUGAUGUCGACCUCAUGAUGUUCCUUAGAGCAGCUAGAAGCAUGGCUGCGUUUGCUGGAAUGUGUGAUGGCGGCUCAGCAGAAGACGGUUGCCAGGCAGCAUCCAUGGACGAUACAACUGUCAACGCUCUUAAUAUUCUGCACAACAGUGGGUAUAACACCGGAGGAGCUCUGCAGGCUCUGGUCAAGUGUCCAGUACCCAGAGGAAUUGACAAGAAGUGGACAGAGGAAGACUCUAAACGCUUUGUGAAGGGAUUGAGGCAAUAUGGUAAAAACUUCUUCAGGAUUAGAAAAGAACUGCUGUCGCACAAAGAAACGGGUGACUUAGUUGAGUAUUAUUACUACUGGAAGAAGACGCCCCAAGCUGUGGGAUCUAGACCGCAUAGACGUCACCGGAGACAGAGUGUGCUCAGGAGACAGAAUUCUUCGCGUUCUUCAAGACCUGCUUCUAGUGAAUUUUUUGAUCUCAGUUCAGCAAGUGAAAUCACUGACAACGAUUCUGACGACAGUGAUAGCAGAUCAUUAAGCGGUUAUUGCUGCAGACGCUGUUUCACAACAAGUUCAAAAGAUUGGCAUCAUGCUGGCCGGGACAAGGCAUUGCUCUGUACAGACUGUCGGUUGCAUUUUAAGAAAUACGGUGAGGAUAGACCGUUAGACAAAACCCCAGAGCCUCCGCCAUUUUUGUUCAAACCUGUACGGGAAGAUGAUGACCCCCCUAGAAUGCGAACAAGAAGAAGUAAAGAUCAGAUAAAAGACUUAGUGAAGAAAGAGAGAGCCAGUACCAGUAGCCCAGACAAUGUUGACAGCCCGCUGAACAGUUCUUCUAGUUCACAAAAAACUGGGCGGAACUCUCCGGGAGAGAUGAGCAGUUGUAGUACGAGUAGUGUGGAUAAGGAAAGAAAACCCAAGGUGAAAAGUGAGAAGCGCCGUCAUGACAGUUGUAGUGAUUUAGAUGAAAAGUCUCUGAAAAAGGAGCGGUCUGACAGUCCUUUAGAGUCAUAUACAGAGACCAGCAGUGUGUCUGGCAACGAGGAGAACGGAAACGAGGGAGACGUGGAAAAUAACCAGGAUGACAUAAGCUCCAGUUCUUCCAGUGUUCCCAGUCCAGCUGAUGAUGAUGCAGAUUACAAACCUCCUCCAUAUAUUAAAAAAGAAAAAGCUUCAUCAUCCCCUCUUAGGACCAGAGAGACAUCCAAUUCUCCAGAAAGAACUGAGGAUUUAGACCUUCCGUCUUUGAAACAGGAGGAAAAGUCUAGUAGGUCGAGAUCCAGAUCACGCUCAAGAUCUCGAUCAAAAUCCAAAUCUCCAGAAAGAAUGAAUUUGAUGAAGGACUCUCGAAGAGGAGAUGAUGUUAAUCUAGCGAGGUCAAGGUCACGUUCUAGAUCUGGGUCACAGCCUAGGUCUCAAUUACAGACAUUGCCAUUGGAUAAAUUAACUGAAAAAACAGACAAAUACCUUGACAGGUCAGACAUAAGGGACAAGUCUGUUGAGGAGAAAGACCUAUCAGAAAGACCCUUACAUAAUGAACAAUCAGAGCGAGGGUUAUUACCUGAAAGAACGCUCUAUCCACAACCUUUGGAGAGGAGUUCAUUCUUACCAUUUAAUCCAAGUUUCCCUUAUCAUCAUCCCCAUCACCCAAUGCCAUAUCAUAUCCCUCAUCCACAGUAUCCUAUCAACCCAAUACAGAUGUCUCCUACCAAUCCGUCACAUCCACCACAUCUCCCUGUCACACCCAGCACAAUCCCUGUCACACCUAACACAAUGCCUGUCACACCCAGCACAAUCCCCGUCACACCCAACACAAUCAAUCCUUCCAUUCAGAUAAAGACAGAGAGACUUUCACCCCCUCCACCCGCCUCUAGUCCCCCUGCAGAGAGGCCAAAGUCUAGGUCAAGGUCACGGUCACCUAUAAAGCAGGAACCAGUGGAGAGACCAAGCUCAAGGUCAGUCAAUAUAACAGAGGAAGAGGAAGAAGAGGUGCACUCGGAGCCUGAGGAUAGACCCCCUGAGCCUGAAGCCACUGCUUGCAAUGAGGAAAUACAUAAGAGUAAAUCUGCAAUAUUUUACAAGAUUCUCAGUCGUGGGUGGAAUUCCUGCAGCAGAUGUGACUGGGAAUUUCGUCCUCUUCCUGACUCUGCUUUAGCAAAGAAACGCGAAGGGCGGCAGAAGAAGAGACCCGAAACCCCGCUGCAUGAGGUUAAAGAGGAGAAAAUAGCUAAGUCACCAGAAUUGGCCCCAGAAAAUACCUCUGCAGACGCACAAAUCACAAGCAGCAUCAUGUCCUCUCACGGACAGUAUAGUGAACGGCGCACACCACGCAGUUACUUACCGGAGUCCCUCUAUCCAGGUCACGACACACCUGCAUUGCGACAGCUUAGCGAAUACGCCAGGCCACAUGUCAUGGAUGGUUCUCCCACACUGCCCUCUGUUGGCAGGGAGUAUUAUGGGAUAGACCCAUUUGUAUACUAUGGGAUGUUGUAUGGCAGGCAGUCUCAAAGUGGGGAGGCGCAAGAUCCUGCCAGAGCAGCAUACAAUGCCCCAGGUGUCCAUGCUAGCCUUGAUCCUUUGUACCAUUAUAGACUGGCAGCCAUGUAUCCGCCAGGGUCUAGAGAGAGGCUGGAGCUAGAGUUGGAGAGAGACAAAAGGGAGCGAGACGCCAGAGAGAGAGAACUCAGGGAAAGAGAGCUGCGGGAACUGGAAUUCCGCGAGAAGAUGAAGCAAGAGAUGGAACUAAGUCAAGGAGGUGGUCUGGAAAGGUUUCACUCAGCUGGUCCAAUGGACCCUCACUUUCUGGAGCUGCAGAGACGGUAUGGGAUGCCCCCUGGGCUCACCCCACACCCCCCAGGGGCCCCCACACCUGGUGCCCCACCCCAUAUGGCCUCGCUGUACCCUCCAGGGGGUAUGUCCAGUGAAAUGUUGGCCAGGGAGAGGGAAAGGCUGGAAAGACUGGGAAUCCCUGCCUCUGUUCAAAUUGCCCAUAUUGCUGCUUCCCGUGAGGCGUCCUUUUCCAAUUCAGUGGAAUGCCUAAGUGCUGAGCGCCUGCAUGCGGAGAGGAUGGCUCUUUCCACUGACCCCCUUGUGCGACUACAGAUGUCAGGCGUUGCACCGAGCAACGCCCACACACACACUCACUCGCAUUCACACACGCAUCUACAUCUCCAUCAGCCACAAUUGCAACAACAGCAGGCGGCGGCAGCUGCUGCGGCGGCUGUUGCAGGUCUGCCUCCUCCUCCUCCUCCUCCAGCACCACCAUCAUCAGCAGGGGCUCCACCAACACCAGGGGGAGAAGGCUACGGAUCCAUAGGGGGCAGCACUUCUCAGUACCACCCACUGCUCUUCCCACAUCUUUUACAACCAGGUGCAGAUCCUAUGGGUGCAAUUUCAGGGGGACCUGGUGCCCUGCCUCCAGGAAUUGGGUCUCUCACCCCAGGGUACCCACCCCACCCUUUGCUGGCCCGGGAGGGUGCGGCAUCCAUCCCUCCUGAGGUACUGGCUAGAUACCAGACAGACCCGGUCCUGAUGCAGCAGCUGGCAGCCCAGCAAGAAGCUUUUCAUAGACAACUUGCCUUGGAGAGAGAGAGGAUGCAGGCUGCUGGACACCAUCCUCACUGAGAUGACCACUGACCAUUGGCUGCAAGGGGGAGGGGGGGGGGAGAGAGAGAGAGAGAGAGAGAGAAAAAUGACAUUAAGUCACCAUCAACAUUGGAAAAACCAUUGCAAACUAACCAACUGACUCUGAACAGGGCACUCAAACCACUAUAAUGCCUACAUUGAUAAAGUGGAACAAAUUAUCAGUCUUUGGAAAGUGUAGUGGUACCUAUUUGACUGAUUCAGAAGUGAAUUUCACAUGAAAACUGGCUGAACUGAUGUAUUUAUAUCUCUGACACAUUUAUGCUUACUUCAGAAAUGAACUUACAGAAGGGUCAAAAUAUAAUGGCAUUGGAUAUUGUUUAUAUACCUAUAAGGCAGCAACAUAUUGUUCACACUUCAAUAUUAUUUUGUUUGUUUAGAAAUAUGUGAGGAUUUUUUUUUAGUAGGACAGGUGAAAGGAGGGUCAUGGAGUGACAAAUACACCAUUUUUAAGAUAACAAAAUCAGUUGUCAGACGACUACAAAUCUGCAGGUCGUCACAAACCGAUGUUCAUAUCCAAUGUGAACAUUCAUAUAAUUUUUUGUGAGUGGCAGCUUUGGUCUUUUGGAAACACGGCAUUUGUGCCAUACUUGUAUCUGAAAAUGUUAUAGUUCUAAGGAAGUUAAAUACAGUAGUGGUUUAUGAUAAAAUUUUUGUCCAGUUAUUGUGGUCAUGAUAUGAAAUUGGAAGAAUGGUGGAACUAGUCAGGUACGGCAUGAGAUCGAGGCUAGUCAGCCCUGGGCACAAAACGUUGAAAUCUGGCCUGCAAUUCAUUUGGUUUUGUGUAUUUUCUGCUGCAAGUAAAACAGCUGGAAACUGUUUUUCAUUUAACUGAUAUUUUACUGUGCCCUAAAGGUUCAACGGGGAGACCAUUGGGAAUGGGGAAUCAAUUUUGUUUUGAAAUUUAUAUUUUUCUCUGUAAUUUGUAUCUGAUGUAUUAUAGUAGAUCAUUAUUUUAAAUACGUUGCUUCAAAAGACACCAUGGCUACAUAAAUCUUAAGAUAGUCAGCGCUGUUGCAGUGGAUCAUAAGAAACCUAUUAAUACUAUCAUCUACCUUGUAAAUACUUGUGUGAAAGUUUAUCAUAUUUAUUUUCAUUCUUAAUGUUGUGAAUAUUUAACUUGAUGUAGUAUUCUGGUCGGGCAGUAGCAUCAUGUUUAAUUAUGGAAGGCGUGACGACGCAAUCAUAGAACUAGAUUUGCUUUUAGGUGUGUUCAAACUGACGAAGUGUUCUGAAUGGAAUUUACUGAAGUCUUGAGCAAUUGUGAUAUAACGACCUCGCAGUUGUUAAAAACAGCAAUGGUCACCUUCCAUUCAGUUUAGAAAGGUGGUUUGCUGCUUUGCUGUUAACCUGAUGGCUGGUCUGUUGCUGGUAUAAAAUGUAUUAGAACGGGAUUAACUUUUGAUUAAGUUCAGACAGUGUGACACACAUGUUAAUACUGAAGAUAAAAUUAAAGGGUUUAUUGUAAAAAAGUAGAUGGCGUGUUUGAAUGUAACAUGUAUAAAAUCUAGAUGGCGCUGUGGAUAUUGUGUAAAAAUUAUAGACAUUUUUCAAUGAGAUUUGGUUUACCUAACUGAAGGGUGAUGAAUUUUCUCAUCUUCUUUGGAAUCAAAUCUAACCAGAUAUUAAUAAAAUACAUGAUUGUGAAAAAUGUACUCGUUUGUUGGGAUACAAAUAGUUGCAACAGACGCGGUAAAGCACCCCCAGGACUCCGGUGACAUAAG